AUGAGCUCCAACUCAGCAGUGGCGUUUCAAUUCCACAAGCAGGCGCAGACAAAGUUCGACAUCCCUCUGCUUGCCGGCGACAAUGCCUACCUAGGCGACCUCUUUUCCAGCGAGCAGACGUCUGCCGACAAACCUAUUUCCUCGGGCCUCUUUCGCUUGAAGGCAGGAGAACCUCUCACGUAUACGUACAAGUACGACGAGAUGAAGAUCUUCCUCGAGGGCGACUUUACCAUUACCGACGAGACUGGGCAGACCACAAAGGCUACCCAGGGUGACGUCGUCUUCUUCCCCAAGAGAGCUACCAUCACGUUUGAGACUUCCGAAUAUGGUUUGGCAUUCUAUGUUGGCCAGCGCAAGAAGAAUGACUUCUGA